AUGGUCGAUAUUGGAGAGGACCAAGGUGCUAUGAAGAAGAUCUUGAAAGUCCUAGUUGUCGGCGAAAUGGGUACAGGCAAGACUUCUUUAAUCAGACAGUACGUUCAAGGUUUUUUCAGUGAAUUUUAUAAAACAACAAUAGGCGUUGACUUUGCCACAAAAGAAAUCGAAUGGGAUGAAAAAAUUACUAUUAGCCUACAGCUGUGGGAUAUUGCCGGUCAAGAGCGUUACGGCAAUAUGACACGCGUAUAUUACCAAGAAGCCGUUGCUGCUUGGGUUGUUUUUGAUGUUACAAGAUUACAGAGUUUAGAAAUGGUCAAGGAAUGGAAGAAGGAUAUAGAAUCUAAAGUCUUUACCUCUACAGAUCAACCUAUCCCAUGUUUAUUAUUAGGAAACAAGAUAGAUCUUGUCAGUGAUGGCAAGUGGAACAAGACACCAGAGGAGAUGGAAGAGUUUUGUAAAGAAAACCAUUUCCUCAAGUUCUUCGAGACAUCUGCCCGUUCUCGUACAAACGUCGAGGAAGCAGCAAGAUACCUUGUUCAAUAUGUUAUGGAUAACAAGAUCGAGCCAAUGAGCGCGAAGAUCCAAUCUGUCGAUCUUACUCAACCUGCUGAUAAUAAGCAGAAUAAAGGCGGAUGCUGCAACUAA